AUGGGUUGGUUCUGGGGUGACUCAAAUGAUGGCGACAAGGAUAAUAAAUCCCAAGAUCCUUUGAAGAACCUUGAUCCAAGUUUACGAGAAUUUCUCAAGAAGGAAUCGCCAGUAAAAUACGGUUCUACGGAGCCCACAGAUACUACAACGGCCUCGUCGCAACCAAAAUUGACCGAGUCCAAACCGACGAAUACGGCUACUGAGGAUCCUACAAAACCCAUCGUACCUUCACAGAGUUUAUACCCAGAUGGCCGAUACGCACAUUUAUGGAAAUCAUAUCAGCCACAAACAGAAGUCGAGCAAGAAGCCAAAUCAGAUGCCGAAAAGAUUCAAGAUGUCAUCGAUGGAUACAAAUAUAGAAAAGCAGAGAUUGGGAGGGCAGCUUUGGAGAAUUGCGCCUUGGAGCAAUGGGAUGUCAAUGAGUGUUUUCGUUCAGGAGGAUGGCAAGCUCGAUUGACUAUGUGCAGAACUGAGAAUAGGAAACUUGAGAGAUGUUACACGAUGCAAGGUAAAUUUCUGAAAGCUCUAGGUUACCUCUCAACCUAUGAUCGUCUACCCGAAGUCGAUGAACAAAUCCAGAUGCAUGCCGAUACCUUGUAUCAUCGAAUGAUCGAUCAAGAAAAACAGAUUGAAGAAGCGAAAGCAGAAGGAAGACCUGUGCCUAUAUUCUCUCCACUCAUAUCUAAAUCAAAGGUUGAACGGACCCAGGGGGAUUCUACACAAGAAAAUAAUACGCUGAAGGCGUCUGAUCUUUCACCGAAGGUACAAGCUUCAUUCAGGAAGCGACUUGAAGGGCUGAACGAUGACGAGAGACAAGUUGAGGAACGAGCAAUCCAGGCCGAAAUAGAAGCUGGUACACAAAUCGCAAAACAAUUGGGAAAUAUCUAUCAGAAACAGGACGAAGAGCGUAAGCAAAGGAAAGACCAGGGCAAGGAAACUGCCAGCGAUAAAUUUUUCUCAAUAUUCCGAGGACGAUGA